GAGCCGCGGCUGGAGGCACGCAGCCUGGCUCCUGCUCCGGCUUCGGCUCCGGCUCCGGCUCCGGCCCCGGAGGAUGCGGCGUGCCCAGCAUGCUGCCGCGCCUGGUAGUGCUGCUGGCGGUGCUCCUCAGCCUGCGCCUCGGCUCCUGCGUGCGCGGGACAGAUCUGCCCAGCCCUCCAUCUGUGUGGUUUGAAGCAGAAUUUUUCUCCCAUGUCCUCCACUGGACUCCCAUCCCGAAACCGUCAAACAGCACCUACUAUGAAGUAGAGCUUCUGAGGUAUGGGCUAGAACCCUGGAAGUCCAUCCCCAGCUGCAGCCAGACCCAGGUGUCGUUCUGUGAUCUCACUGUGGUGACCCUGGACCUGUACCACAACAAUGGCUACCGAGCCAAGGUCCGCACGGUGGAUGGAAACCAGUACUCCAACUGGACCUUCACCAACACCCGCUUCUCCGUGGAUGAAGUGACUCUGACGAUUGGCAGCGUGAAGCUAGAGGUGCACAAUGGCAUCAUCCUCGGGAAGAUCCAGCCCCCCAGGCCCAAGAUAGCCCCUGCGGGCGACACUUACGAAAGCGUCUUCCAACACUUCCGCGAGUAUGAGAUUCAGAUUCGCAAGGUGCCGGGGAACUACACGUUCACAAAGGAGAAGGUGAAGCAUGAAAACUUCAGCCUCUCACCCCCUGGAGAUCUGGGAGAGUUCUGUGUCAAGGUGAAGCCAUCUGUGAGCUCCCGCCUGAACAAGGGGGUAUGGUCCAAGGAGGAGUGCGUCGUGCUCACCCAGCAGUAUUUCACCACGACCAACCUCAGCAUCUUCUUCACCUUCGUCCUGCUUCUGUGCGGAGCCCUGGCCUACUGCCUGGCCCUCCAUCUGUACGUGCGGCGCCGGAGGAAGCUGCCCACCGUCCUGGUCUUCGAGAAGCCCCAGGCCUCCAGCUUUGUCAGCCGGCUUCCCUGCCCCGAGCCCCAGGACACCAUCCAUCCCCUGGACGAGGAGGCCUGCCCCAAAGUGUCCCCAGAGCUGAAGAACUCGGAACUGCACGGCAGCACGGACAGUGGCUUUGGCAGUGCCAAGCCAUCCUUGCAGAAUGAAGAGCCCCAGUUCCUCCUCCCUGCCCCCCACCCCCAGGCUGGCGGCACCGCGGGCAAGGGGGCGCUCCCGGAGCUGGAGGGCGGCGGCAGCAGCAGCACGGACAGCGGGAUCUGCCUGCAGGAGCCUGGCCUGAGUCCCGGCACUGGCCCCAGCUGGGAGCGGCGGGUGGGGGACAGCAGCCCGGGCCAGGAUGACAGUGGCAUUGGCCUAGUCCAGAACUCUGAGGGGCAGCCUGGGGACGGGCGGAGUGGCUCCGCCUUGGGCCCUGCCAAUGCCCCCGGGCCUGAGGGGCCUGGGGAAGAAGACCCAGCCUCAGUGGCAUUCCGGGGCUACCUGAAGCAGACCAGAUGCACAGAGGAGAAAGCAGCCAAGACAGGCUGCCUGGAGGAAGAGUCCUCUUUGACAGACAGCCUUGGCCCCAGGUUCAGGACGUGCCUGGAUGCUGAGGCAGGCUGGUCUCCACCAUUGCUGGCCAAGGGCUAUUUGAAACAGGACCCAGGAAUGACUGUCACUACCUCGGGGACCUCAACUGGACAGUGGGACCAGCCGACGGAGGAAUGGUCACUCCUGGGCUUGACCAGCUGUGCUGAUCUAGGAGCAUCUGACUGGAGCUUGGCCCAUGAUCUUGCCCCUGUGGACUGUGUGGCAGCCCCAGGCGGUCUCCUGGGCAGUUUCGACUCAAACCUGGUCACCCUGCCACUGAUCUCCAGCCUCCACUCCAAUGAGUGACUCAGGCUAAGGGGCUGCUUUUGAUUUCAGCCACGAGGGCCCCCCGGGGUCAGAAGUGAUGCACGAGGCCAGUGUGAGCCCUCAUCGGCAGGCCCAGCAGGGCUAGCCUAGGGGCCCAGGGCAGAGAGAGACUCUCUCGCUGAACUACCGCAGGCUGUAUGGGUGGCGUCAGCCUGGGCUGCAGGAGGGCUCCAAAGACAGGCAGAGCCAGGCAGGGCCGGGCGGAGGUCUCCUCCCUCCUCCGGGCUCUUCCUGUACU